AUGGAAUCAACAGAAGCUGCAUCAGCACCCGUAGCAAUCUUCAAAAAGAGAACCGGGAAAUCCAACUUUCGAAAACGAGCCGCCACUCCACCCCCAGCAUCAGACAGCUCCGACUACUCGUCCUCAGAAGACGACACCGGUCGCAAGAUAAAGCGCAGAAAGAAGAACACAGGCGUGAUCACCGCCUCAUCUCGCACCAAUAUCCCCUCAACCACAGAUCUCACAGCACCAAACUACGUCGCCUCCCGAAGCACCACCAUAAAAUCCUCCAACGACGCAACUAAGCAGACAAACUGGUACGACGAGAACGCAACCGAUGCUCUAUCGAGUAAAAACCUCCUUGGCUCAACACGCGCCGUCCCCGGCAGCGAAGGAACCUACAAAGGGCUCGCCAACCCAACGACAUUCAUCCAGCAAAACCCCGACGCUCCAAACCGCUCCAUCGGGCCCGUGAAAGCACCCACGAACAUCCGCACCAUAACAGUCACCGAUUUCGCCCCGGAUGUAUGUAAAGACUACAAACAAACCGGCUUCUGCGGGUUUGGGGAUAAUUGCAAGUUCCUGCACGCGCGCGAGGACUAUAAGCAAGGCUGGCAGUUGGAUAAAGAAUGGGAGACCGUUACCAAAGGCAAAAAAGUAAGCGGUGUGAAAGUCGCCUCUGCGAAUCGAGAUCAGGACGCUGAAGAGGAGGACGAGGAUGAUAAAUUAGAGGGGAUCCCGUUUGCGUGUAUUAUAUGUCGGGAGAAGUAUAAGGAUCCGAUUGUGACGAGGUGCGGACAUUAUUUCUGUGAGGGGUGUGCGUUGAAGAGGUAUCGGAAAGAUCCGAGCUGUGCGGCGUGUGGGUCGGGGACGGGAGGUGUGUUUAAUGUUGCGAAGGGUUUGAAGAAGUUGCUGGAGAGGAAGAGGGAGCAGGCUAGGAAGAGAAGGGAAAAGGCUAUUGAGGCUGGGGAGGAGGUUAGCGAGGAGGAGGAAGAGGAGUGA